AUGGCACUGCCGCACGAAGAAGUGAACGCAAUCGCCAAGCAGGUACUGGAAGACGUCAUCGGCAACAAGCCGUACGCUCACAAGGACAGCGUCGACUGGAAUCAGAAGGUCGUCGAGAACAUCACCAAGAAACUCGUCAGCGCCGGAAAACCUUACAAAUACAUCGGUAUGUCUCUUUUUCCUAUCUUUUGCAUGAAUGUUCAAAGUAAUUUUCGCCAAAUGCGAAAUUGUCUCUGACACUCCAGGAUUUAGUUAUCUUCUCCUUUCUCUGACGGCUAUUUUGAAUUUCGCGGAAUCACUUUGAACACGAAAUUAUGCAGCGUAUAGCCUGUUCUGCGCCAAAUUGUCACGUUUUUCGUUUUCCUCUGAGCUACCGAACCCUUCCCUUCGGUGCGCGCAAUAUUAUUUCUGCCUGCGCCUUUAAUUAAAAUAAAUUUUUAGGCUAACUAAAAAACGCAGACAGAGAAACUUCCAGUGUAUUUUGAACGGAAUAGUUCGGAUGGAAACAAAAUUCGUGACAGCGCGGAUAUAAAAAGAGCUUUUAAAGCAGCUGAACUUAAAGAAUCGAAGUGUCGAAUAGAAAUGAAAAAGUUAAAAAAAGUUUAAAGGUAAACGUCAAAAAAAUCACAAAUUCGUAGCCUUUGAACUUCCAAGCACAUCACUUCAUUUAACUGACGCAAUGAAAGAAAAAUAAUUGGCAAUCAUGGAAUCAAAUACGUCAAAAUAUAGAAGAUUAAAAAAACAUUGAACAUUAUUUGCAUUAACAAAGAGUCUGACAAUGAGAAUGAGUUUUAAUACAAAGAAGCUUGAAGUUAACAUGUCCUCCAAGUUUGAGGAUUUGAAAAUUAUCGAAAUCGAUACAGUUGUGAUUCACAAGAGCAGCGUUUGGCGAAAGGAAAGAAAAAUGUUCCCAGCUAUAAUCAAGUUUUCGUUAAACGUUGUGAUGUGUUGUGCAAGGGGACGGUGUCGAAAAAUGUUUUUUUCAUAUCUGUUUGUUUGAAAAUGUGUUUUUCAGCUUUUGAAUUUCAUUUAAUAUUGAAGGAUGUUUUGAAUCUUUGUAGCAAUGAAAUUAUUGAAUUUUCUUUAAGUAACAUCUUCUCUCCUUCAAAUCGCCAACGGGUCGGGUCUCAAUGUCAGCACGAUAUCGUAUUGGAAUAAGAAUCUCGAUGGUCAGUUUAUUUUUUUUUGUUAACUUAUAUCAUAAAUGGAUGGCUAUAUUAAAAACGAAUUUAACGUGAAUCACAAAAAUUAUCUAACAAAAAAAUCUUUUUGUAAUCUAUUCAUUGCUACCUUAGGACAAGAGUACUAUAAAAAAACGUUCAAACAUAGUCUUUUUCGUCGAAUUUUUUUCGUUAAUAGUUUAUAAAGGCCUUCAAUUCUUUUUCUCUAUGAUCUGAUCGACAGAAUAUAUUUUUAGAAAGAAACUUACAUCAUCAUUUUUUUGAGUUUUUUUCCAAUCUCAUCUCAAACAAAGGAAAAGAUACAAAAACUGAACUUUUUUUUUGAACCCAUGAUAUAAGGCUAUCAGUAUAUAACUUUAACCCGCAUCUGGAUUCAUUUUACCGUUCCUACUUGAAAUUUCUGCUAAAUUUGCGCUUUGAUGGACUUAGAAUCCCAAGCUACAUAGUCGCAAUCUGCAAAAAUUUCUAGUUUUGCAAAUUUUUUAAGGUUUUCAUCGUUAAACACGCGAGUUUUCUUCUUUUCAAACUCUAUUCAAAUUUUGUCCAAUCUAUGAGAAAAAUUGAUCGAAAUCUUUCAAAGUUUUAUUCGGCCAGAAAAACGCUGCGAAUUUUUUUCAGUGUCGUACAUGUACCGAUGGGAAUCCAAGCACAUGUUGGCGAUAGUCUACGUUUUCGCCGUCGCAAUCUGA